AUGCCUCGCAAAAUGAAGAAUAAGGCCGUUGCGCCUGCCGAAGAACCACCAACUAAGCGUACAAAGCUCUUUGACGAAGAUGCUGUUUCUGACGAUGAAGCCGUCAAUCUCACCAUCAACGAGGAGUUUGCCAGACGCUUUGAGCACAACAAGAAGCGCGAGGAAAAGCAAAGACGUAAUAAUUUCCCUUCCUCUCCUGUUCUGUUCGUCAAUUCUCUAACAUGUCACAGUCGAGGAAAAGUACAAGGACGAAGACUCGGAAGACGAAUCGUCUACCGACGAGGACGAAGAUGA